AUGCCCGACCAAGACGCGAACGAGGCUUCCUCGGCCAAAUUGAAUCCGGCAGUGUCCAAAGCUCCACUCGUCCGCGAUGUAACGGAGGAGAUUGACACGGCCGCAGACGACAAGACAACAGAGGCAUUUCCUGACGAAAUAGACGGCAAAGGUUCCAACGCCGCAGUUGUUGAUGACGAUGUCGAAUAUGUGCACGGCCACCCCGUCAUUCGCAAUGGCAUGGAUGUGUCUAGGUUCGUCGUGUCGGAUCGCGACGAUGGCGAUCCUGCAUUGACUUUUCGGUCCAUCAUUUUGGGAACAAUAUUCACCGCCUUAUCCAGUGUCAUUACGAUGCUGUAUGUCUUCAAGCCGACCCAGAUGCAAGUCUCGGCAGUCUUCUUGCAGCUUCUGGUUUUUAUCUUCGGCGAAGCAUGGGCGCUGGGAACCCCUAGUCCGGAGCGGUUCAAGUGGAAAUGGGUGCAGACGAUUCUUCGUUUCCUCAACUUCGGCCAGCCCUUUGGUAUCAAGGAACAUGUCGUGGCAUCCCUUAUUGCAUCCUCUGGCAACAACGGCCUGUCGGGCGUGGAAAUCUACGCCGUGGAGAGGUUGUUCUACGACCGAGCCGUCUCUGCCUCUACCGCGGUCUUGGCGACAUUCUCGAUCUCACUCUGCGGAUUCGUUUUGGCAGGGGUGCUGAGGCCGCUGAUUGUUUACCCUGCAGAGAUGGUAUAUUGGUCAACGUUACCACAGGUAGUGCUCUUUCAGAACCUGCACUUUGACCGCAUCGCCAACAAGGGCCGCCUUAUCAAGUUUGGAACCGCCCUUGCCUUUGCUGCUGUGUGGGAGAUCUUCCCAGCCUACAUCAUAACUUGGUUUGGAGGCAUUUCAAUUUUCUGCCUGGCUUCGAUGAACGCCCCUGAACAUACCCGGACCGUCAUGUCCACCAUCUUCGGAGGAGCCUCUUCGAACGAGGGGAUGGGCCUGUUGAACUUUUCUCUCGACUGGCAGUAUAUUCAGAGCACAUACCUAUCUCUGCCGUUCAAGCAACAGCUGAACUCGUGGAUUGGCUAUGCAAUCUGGUAUGUCGCAAUGCCUGCACUAUUUUACAGCAAUACUUGGGGGGCGAAGACUUUUCCCUUCAUGUCGACGUCCUUAUUCGCGAGCAACGGCACCAGGUGGCAAACCACAGCAAUCUUGGAUGACCAAGGGACCAUAGAUUUUGACAAGUUGGAUGCGAUAGGCCUGCCGCACUUGACGUCCAGUACGGUCUGGGGCUAUUUCACCUCGAGUCUGGCAAUAGGUGCACUGAUCACCCAUGUCAUUAUCUUUUAUGGCAAAGACAUGACCGAAGCUUGGAAACAAGCUCGCAGCAGGACCCAGCCAGAUAUUCAUUAUCAAGGCAUGUUGAAGUACAAGGAGGUGCCCAUGUGGUGGUACCUGGCUCUUUUCGUCCUGACCUUCAUCGCGGGGCUGGUGGUGAACAUCAAGGGCGAGACCACGCUGCCUGCGUGGGGCUACAUCGUUUCUCUCCUUCUCGGCGCUUUCAUCGCGCCCUUCUCCUGUGUUCUUUACGGGUUGUACGGGACAGGAGUCGGGACCAACCAGAUCUCCAAGAUGGUCGCAGGCGUCGUGCACCCUGGAAGGCCUCUUGCCAACCUCUACUUCGCCAGUUGGUCACACCAGGUCAUCCUUCUGGCCGUCAAUCUCAGCAAUUGGCUCAAAGUGGGCCAAUACACAAAGGUGCCCCAUCGGGUCAUGUUUGGCACCCAGAUCUACGGGACCCUCCUCGGAGCUGCUCUCAACUACGUCGUCAUGACCACGAUCGUAACCAACGAGCGCGAAGUUCUCCUCGACCCGGUAGGCACCAACGUCUGGAGCGGCUCCACCAUACAGAGCCUUAACUCACAGGCCAUCACAUGGGCUCUGGCAAAGGACAUGUACGGCCUGGCAGGACGCUACGUGAUCGUGCCCCUAGGCCUGCUCAUCGGCGCCGCCCUCCCGGUACUGCACUGGGGAGUGAUCAGACUGUUCCCUCGUGUGCGCGAGUGGCCGAUCAACACCACCAUCAUCUGCGCGUUUGCCGGGCAGGUGUACUAUGGCAACACGUCGUGGAUCUGGUCCUCCAUCGCCGUCGGCGUCUUCUCGCAGCUCUACCUACGCCGCCGGCUCCCGAGGAUCUACAACAAGUACAACUAUCUGAUUGGCGCAGCACUAGACGGGGGCUCGCAGGUGGUCAUCUUCAUCCUCUCCUUUGCCGUCUUUGGCGCGAGUGGGACAGAGCGUCCGUUCCCGAGUUGGUGGGGGAAUCCUUCCGAUACCAAUCCUGACCACUGCUUGUAG